CCCUCCAGAAACACCCCCCCCCAAGCCCCCCACCAUGUCAGAGUCGGAGGAGAACGGAGAGGGGCCCCCCAAGGAUCUGUCCCCCUUGGCCGAGGCCAUGGGGCAGCCCCUGGGCUGGGGGUCCGGCGAUGGCCCCGGGGGGGCGGCGGGCGUGGGGACCCCCCCGGGGCAGCGGCAGCGCCGCCCCCCCCACCCCAAGCACAAAGCCCAGGGGGGCACCGGGGGCGUCCAUCGCUCCCCCCGCGCCCUCUUCUGCCUCCGCCUCAACAACCCCAUCCGCCGGGCGGCCAUCAGCAUCGUGGAGUGGAAGCCCUUCGACAUCCUCAUCCUCGCCACCAUCUUUGCCAACUGCGUGGCCCUGGGGGUCUACAUCCCCUUCCCCGAGGACGACUCCAACACCUCCAACCACAACCUGGAGCAGGUGGAGUACGUGUUCCUCAUCAUCUUCACGGUGGAGACCUUCCUGAAGAUCAUCGCCUACGGGCUGGUGCUGCACCCCAGCGCCUACAUCCGCAACGGCUGGAACCUGCUGGACUUCGUCAUCGUCAUCGUGGGGCUGUUCAGCGUGAUCCUGGAGCAGGUGUCCCACAAGCCGGGCGAUGCCCACCACAUGAGCGGGAAGCCGGGCGGCUUCGACGUCAAGGCCCUGCGCGCCUUCCGCGUGCUGCGCCCGCUGCGCCUCGUCUCCGGCGUCCCCAGUCUCCACAUCGUGCUCAACUCCAUCAUGAAGGCGAUGGUGCCGCUGCUGCACAUCGCGCUGCUCGUGCUCUUCGUCAUCAUCAUCUACGCCAUCAUCGGCCUCGAGCUCUUCAUCGGCCGCAUGCACAAGACCUGCUUCUUCAUCGGCUCUGACCUGGAGUCGGAGGAUGACCCCUCUCCCUGCGCCUUCUCCGGGCACGGCCGCGCCUGCCUGCAGAACAACACCGAGUGCCGCGGCCGCUGGGAGGGCCCCAACGGCGGCAUCACCAACUUCGACAACUUCUUCUUCGCCAUGCUCACCGUGUUCCAGUGCAUCACCAUGGAGGGCUGGACUGAUGUGCUCUACUGGAUGCAGGAUGCCAUGGGCCACGAGCUGCCCUGGAUUUACUUCGUCAGCCUCGUCAUCUUCGGCUCCUUCUUCGUCCUCAACCUGGUGCUGGGGGUGCUGAGCGGGGAAUUCUCCAAGGAGCGAGAGAAGGCCAAGGCCCGCGGGGACUUCCAGAAGCUGCGGGAGAAGCAGCAGCUGGAGGAGGAUCUGCGGGGCUACAUGGACUGGAUCACCCAGGCCGAGCUGGAGGGCGAUGAGGAAGAGGGGGAGCAUGAGAAGCACCGUCUGACCGCCGAGGACCUGAUGGGGAAGCGGAAGCCGCGGCUGAAGUGGCUGCGCCACGCGAGUCACUCCACUGACACCCAUGCCAGCCUCCCGGGCAGCGAGACCACCUCGGUCAACACGGAGACCGUGGGGGAGGAGGAGGCGCCGCCGACCGCCUGCGACCGCUGCCUGGGCAAAAUUACAAAGACAAAAUUCUGUCGCCGCCUGCGCCGCCUGAACCGCCUGUGGCGCCGGCGCUGCCGCGCGGCCGUGAAAUCCGUGUCCUUCUACUGGACCGUGCUGCUGCUCGUGUUCCUCAACACGCUGACCAUCGCCUCCGAGCACCACGGGCAGCCGCCCUGGCUCACCGAGACACAGGCGUACGCGAACAAGGCGCUGCUGUCGCUGUUCGCCGCCGAGAUGGUGCUGAAGCUCUACGCGCUGGGCCCCUCGUGCUACUUCGCCAGCUUCUUCAACCGCUUCGACUGCUUCGUGGUGUGCGGCGGCGUGCUGGAGACCGCGCUGGUGGAGCGCGGGGCCAUGGAGCCGCUCGGCAUCUCCGUGCUGCGCUGCGUGCGCCUGCUGCGCGUCUUCAAGGUCACCCGGCACUGGGCGUCGCUGAGCAACCUGGUGGGGUCCCUGCUGAACUCCAUGAAAUCCAUCGCCUCCCUGCUGCUGCUGCUCUUCCUCUUCAUCAUCAUCUUCGCGCUCCUGGGCAUGCAGCUCUUCGGGGGCCGCUUCAGCUUCGACGAGACCCAGACCAAGCGCAGCACCUUCGACACCUUCCCGCAGGCCCUGCUCACCGUGUUCCAGAUCCUGACGGGGGAGGAUUGGAAUGCGGUGAUGUACGAUGGGAUCAUGGCCUACGGCGGCCCCGUGUUCCCCGGGAUGCUCGUCUGUGUCUACUUCGUCAUCCUCUUCAUCUGUGGGAACUACAUCCUCCUCAAUGUCUUCUUGGCCAUCGCCGUGGACAACCUGGCGGACGGUGACAACAUCAACUCCGGGGGGGACAAAAAGGACAAGGCCGGGGAGGCGGAAGCGGGGACGGAGAGCCAGGACGUGGCUGUGAAGGUUGAGGGGGAUCAACCGCAGGAGGAAGAGGAGGAGGAGGAGGAAGAGGUGGAGGAAGGUGACGAGGAGGCCGGGGGGGAGCGUGACAGCCUGGGGAGGGCCCGGCUGGAGUCCCUGGAGGAGGCCCCCAAGCCCAAGGUGACCCCGAUCCCCGAGGGCAGCGCCUUCUUCGUGCUGAGCAGCACCAACCCGCUGCGGGUGAAGUGCCACGCCCUGAUCAACCACCACAUCUUCACCAACCUCAUCCUCGUCUUCAUCAUCCUCAGCAGCAUCUCCCUGGCCGCAGAGGACCCCGUGCGCGCCCACUCGCCCCGCAACCACAUCCUGGGCUACUUCGACUACGCCUUCACCUCCAUCUUCACCGUGGAGAUCCUGCUCAAGAUGACGGUGUUCGGCGGAUUCCUGCACAAAGGCUCCUUCCUCCGCAACUGGUUCAACCUCCUGGACGUGCUGGUGGUCGGCGUCUCCCUCAUCUCCUUCGGCAUGCACUCCAGCGCCAUCUCGGUGGUGAAGAUCCUGCGCGUCCUGCGCGUCCUGCGGCCUCUGCGAGCCAUCAACCGGGCCAAGGGCCUCAAGCACGUGGUGCAGUGCGUGUUCGUGGCCAUCCGCACCAUCGGGAACAUCAUGAUUGUCACCACGCUGCUGCAGUUCAUGUUUGCCUGCAUCGGGGUGCAGCUCUUCAAGGGCAAGUUCUACAGCUGCACUGACGAGGCCAAGCACACGCCGGGAGAGUGCAAGGGGACAUUCCUGGUGUACAAGGACGGGGACGUGUCCCACCCGUCGGUCCGGGAGCGCCUCUGGCUCAACAGCGACUUCAACUUUGACAAUGUCCUGGCGGGGAUGAUGGCCCUGUUCACCGUGUCCACCUUCGAGGGGUGGCCCGCGCUGCUGUACAAGGCCAUCGAUGCCAACGCCGAGAACCAGGGGCCCAUCUACAACUACCGCGUGGAGAUCUCCAUCUUCUUCAUCGUCUACAUCAUCGUCAUCGCCUUCUUCAUGAUGAACAUCUUCGUGGGCUUCGUCAUCAUCACCUUCCGCGCGCAGGGCGAGAGCGAGUACCGCAACUGCGAGCUGGACAAGAACCAGCGGCAGUGUGUGGAGUACGCGCUGAAGGCGCAGCCGCUGCGCCGUUACAUCCCCAAGAACCGCACCCAGUACCGCGUGUGGGCCAUGGUCAACUCCACCGCCUUCGAGUACAUCAUGUUCGUCCUCAUCCUGCUCAACACCAUCGCCCUGGCCGUGCAGCACUACGAGCAGUCCAAGCCCUUCAACUACGUGAUGGACCUGCUCAACAUGGUGUUCACGGGGCUCUUCACCGUGGAGAUGGUGCUCAAGAUCAUCGCCUUCAAACCCCGGCAUUACUUCUGCGAUGCCUGGAACACGUUCGAUGCCCUCAUCGUGGUGGGCAGCGUGGUGGACAUCGCCGUCACCGAGGUCAACAACGGGGGGCACGUUGGUGAGAGCUCGGAGGACAGUUCCCGCAUCUCCAUCACCUUCUUCCGGCUCUUCCGCGUGAUGCGGUUGGUGAAGCUGCUCUCCAAGGGCGAGGGCAUCCGCACCCUGCUCUGGACCUUCGUCAAGUCCUUCCAGGCCCUGCCCUACGUCGCUCUGCUCAUCGCCAUGAUCUUCUUUAUCUACGCCGUCAUCGGGAUGCAGACCUUUGGGAAGGUGGCGCUGCAGGACGGGACCCAGAUCAACCGCAACAACAACUUCCAGACCUUCCCCCAGGCCGUGCUGCUGCUCUUCAGGUGUGCCACGGGGGAGGCGUGGCAGGAGAUCAUGCUGGCCAGCCUGCCGGGCAAGCGCUGCGACCCCGAGUCGGACGCGGGCCCGGGGGAGGAGUUCACCUGCGGCAGCAACUUCGCCAUCGCCUACUUCAUCAGCUUCUUCAUGCUCUGCGCCUUCCUGAUCAUCAACCUGUUCGUGGCUGUGAUCAUGGACAACUUCGAUUACCUGACACGCGACUGGUCCAUCCUGGGCCCACACCACCUGGACGAGUUCAAGCGCGUGUGGUCCGAGUAUGACCCCGCGGCCAAGGGCCGCAUCAAGCACCUGGACGUGGUGACGCUGCUGCGCCGGAUCCAGCCCCCGCUGGGCUUUGGGAAGCUCUGCCCACACCGUGUGGCCUGCAAGCGCCUGGUGGCCAUGAACAUGCCCCUCAACUCGGACGGGACCGUCACCUUCAACGCGACGCUCUUCGCUCUGGUCCGCACCUCCCUCAAGAUCAAGACAGAAGGGAACCUGGAUGUGGCCAACAAGGAGCUUCGGGCUGUGGUGAAGAAGAUCUGGAAGAGGACGAAGCCGAAGCUGCUGGACGAGGUCAUCCCCCCGCCCGAGGAGGAGGAGGUCACCGUUGGAAAGUUCUACGCCACCUUCCUGAUCCAGGACUAUUUCCGCAAGUUCCGGCGGCGGAAGGAGCGGGGGAUGCUGGGCGCCAGCGCAGGCCCCAGCAACGAGUGUGCGCUGCAGGCCGGGCUGCAGACGCUGCAGGCGCUGGGCCCUGAGAUGCGCCGGGCACUGAGUGACCUGGAGGGGGACGAGGGCGGGGACGCCCCUUCGGAGGAGCCACUCACCUAUGCAGCCCCCGAGACGCUGUACGGCUCCGCCCCCGGCUCCCCCCUGCUCUCGGAGCCGCCCCCCGUCCCCAGCCCCGCUCCCACCGAAGGGGAGGACCCCGCGCCCCCCUCCCACGGCAGGCGGCGCUCCGACGGGGGGGACCAGGACGAGGAAGCGCCCGCCGAGGAUGUGGAGGAGCCGGGAGGGGAGCCGGGGGACGUCAGCCACGACGAGGACCUGGAGAGCUCGGCACCGCCCCGGCGCCGCUGGGUCGGGGACAGGGCACCGGGACCCCCGCGCUGGGCGGCGGAGCUGCCCCGGGGGGGGUCGCUGCCGCUGCCCCCCCGGCACUUCGCGCUCGGCAGCGGCGCUCGCGAGGGGCAGCAACUGAAACGGCGCCGGCUCCUGCCCCCCACCCCCGCGGGCCGGAAGCCCUCCUUCACCAUCCAGUGCCUGCGACGCCAGGGUAGCUGCGAAGACGAGCCCAUCCCGGGCACGUACAACCCCUCGGGCCCGCCCGGCCCCGCCCGGCCGCAGGGCUACGGCAGCUCCGAGACCUGGCGCCUGGGGGGCUCCUCGCAGGCCUGGGCGGCCCCGGCCCGCGGGCACGUUCUGUACGCGCCCCUCAUCCUGGUGGAGGGGGCUCCGGCGGCGGGGGGCAGCCUGCCCCCGCUCAACCGCUGGUUCCCCCCGGCGCCGCUGCGCCUGCGGCCCUGCGGGCCCCACGAUGCCCUGGCCCGAGGCUCGGCCGACAGCCUGGUGGAAGCCGUGCUGAUCUCGGAGGGGCUGGGGCUGUUCGCCCGCGACCCCAAGUUCGUGGCGGUGGCCAAGCGCGAGAUCGCCGACGCGUGCGACAUGACGAUGGACGAGAUGGAGAGCGCGGCCGCCGACCUGCUGACCCGGCGCCGCGCCCCGCCCGCGCCCGCCGUCUACAGCGACGAGGAACCGCUGCGGCCGCCGGCGGAGGAGGAGCUAGCGGACGAGAUGGGCUGGGCCGGCGGGGUCUAGAACCCGGCACAACGGGGCCGGGAGGGCUGGCUCUAGAACCCGGCAAACAGGACUGAACGGGCCGGCUCUAGAACCCAGCACCGCGGGACCGAACGGGCCGGCUCUAGAACCCGGCAAACAGGGCCGGACUGGCCGGCUCUAGAACCCAGCACCGCGGGGCCGGACGGGCCGGCUCUAGAACCCGGCACCGCGGGACUGGACGUGCCGGCUCUAGAACCCGGCACCGACGCCGGACCUUGUGAGGGCAAAGUUACCUCAGGAAAAAAAAGGGAUUUUUAUCAGAAAGGUUUUGAUUUUUUUUCCUCACAAGGAGGGAUUUCCUCUGGAAAAUGGGUAUUUGCCGCACUGAUGGGGUUUUUUUCCUGAAAAAUGUGGUUUUUUUCCUUAGGAAAAGGGGUAUUUGCCUCAAGGCUCUGGAACCCAGCACCGACGCCGGACCUCGUGAGGGCAAAGUUACCUCAGGAAAAAAAAGGGAUUUUUAUCAGAAAGAUUUUGAUUUUUUUCCUCACAAGGAGGGAUUUCCUCUGGAAAAGGGGUAUUUGCUGCACGGAUGUUUUUUUUCCCUGAAAUAUGUGGUUUUUUUCCCUCAGGAUAAGGGGUAUUUGCCUCAAGGCUUUAGAACCCGGCACCGACGCCGGACCUUGUGAGGGCAAAGUUACCUCAGGAAAAAAAAGGGAUUUUUAUCAGAAAGAUUUUGAUUUUUUUCCUCACAAGGAGGGAUUUCCUCUGGAAAAGGGGUAUUUGCUGCACGGAUGUUUUUUUUCCCUGAAAUAUGUGGUUUUUUUCCCUCAGGAUAAGGGGUAUUUGCCUCAAGGCUUUAGAACCCGGCACCGACGCCGGACCUUGUGAGGGCAAAGUUACUUCAGGAAAAAAAGGGAUUUUUAUCAAAAAGGUUUUGAUUUUUUUCCUCACACAAUGAGGGUUUUCUUCUGGAAAAGGGGUAUUUGCCGCAUGGAUGGGUUUUAUCCUGAAAAAGGUGGGGUUUUUCCUCAGGAAAAAGGGUAUUUGCCUCAAGGCUCUGGAACCCAGCACCGACGCCAGACCUCGUGAGGGCAAAGUUACCUCAGGAAAAAAGGGAUUUUUAUCAAAAAGGUUUUGAUUUUUUUCCUCACACAAUGAGGGUUUUCUUCUGGAAAAGGGGUAUUUGCCUCACGGAUGGGUUUUUUUCCUGAAAAAGGUGGGGUUUUCCCUCAGGAAAAGGGGUAUUUGCCUCAAAAAAAGGAAGUUUUUACUCUAAGUGUGUUUUCCUUCAAAAUAACCAAACCGUAUUUUCCUAAGGAAAAGGGAGUGUUCCUCAAAAAAGGAAGGGAUUUACCUCAAAAACGGAUUUUUUUUUUUGUCUGGAACAGAGAUAUGUGUUAAAGGUGGGGGGAAAGUAUCAUCAGAAAAUGAAUUUUUUCCUCAGAAAAAGUUUUUUCCUCAAAAAACCCACCCAAAACCACACACAUCCCCACAUCAACUAUUUUUUCCCUCCAAAAGGACGUUUUCGCUAAAAAAAAAAAAAAAAAGGGAUUUUGCCUCAAUUUAGAAAAAUGAGGGCGUUAUGUAAAAAAAAAAAAAAUUAUAAAGAAAGGAGGGGUUUGCCUCAGAAAAAAAAAAUAGGUGUUUUCCUCCAGAAAAAGAUUAUUUGCCUUAAAUUUGCUGCUCAGAGGAGGGUUUUCCUCAGGAA